GAUUUCAUCGAAGACAUGCCCAUCUUGUUGUCAGAUCACGACUUUUCUGACGAGGACAGCUUCUCGACUCAUUCCACUCAUUCGCACCAUAAACAAAAGGACGUUUUAAGUACUCAGAAACUUUCGGACAUUUCUGAAAAGAGUAUUUCUCAAAGACUUCUUUCGGUGUCGACCGCUGUUGCCAACUCGGCUAAAAAAACUGUUACUUCACACAAAUUGUCUGCAGAACAGUUUCAUUAUGAACGUAACCAGUUGAUGACGAUCACCGUAAAGUACGUAGCUACUAAGAUUCACAACUCGUUUCCGCCUGAGUCUCCACGUCUCAUCAAGCCUAAUGAGCUUCCUCUAGACAAGUUCUUGCUCUUGCUCACCAGCAGAUUGCGCUUGACACUCACCAUGUUCAUGAAGGGAAUCAUCUAUUUGUUUCGCUAUAUGGAUAUAAUCUACUUGUUGAGGUACUUGAAUCAGUCCAACAAUUUCCUCAACUACAACGACAUGGGCUUUGAGUUGAAGAAGUUGAUUGUCGGAUGCUUUAAGUUAGCACUUCAGAACGACUUGUACGAAUAUAACUGGGCAGCCAUCACGGGUCUCCCCAACCACGACAUUAACAACAUUGUAAAGAGAAUUGUCAGUAGAAUGAAUGGCAAGUUGAACAUCAAAACCGCCGAGUUGAUUCGUAUGAAGUCCGAGAUCUACCGAUUCGUUAGAAUGGUGGCUAACGAAGUCUAGCCGAUAUUCACUGUUUAUUAGCGUGUAUUGUAUUGUAUAGUGUUUUUGUAUAUUAUUAAUAUUAUGGAAAGUAUUU